AUGAAAACAGAUUCAGCCACCCUUCAGUUCUACGCAGUUGUACAACCGGAUCAGUGGAGAGAAGAGCAAAGCUGUGCGGAGAACACAAGACGGCCCGGAGUCAGUGGCAGCUUUUCAGCUGCUGUGCAGCAGCUCCUGGAUGACUUCCGUUCCUGGGGGGUGGGAGGUGGACCAGUUAGGCAGGUAUGGCUCUGGGUCCCACAGGGACUGACCUUUGUUCUCCCGCUUGCUAAUAGCGGAAACUAAGCCUUAAAGAUAGAAUAAACGCUCCGCUGCUUUGCUUUUUGUUUUGAGUUUAAAUCGCAAACCAGCGGCAGAGAAGGGAACCUCUCCUAGGGGGAAGCACUGGAGCGCAGCGCGCACAGACUUCUCUGCAGGACUGGCGCGGUGGCUUAGUCCCAGGAGCCACAAACUUGCCAGGAUCAAAGACAAAUGAACUAAACGCACGUCGUGCUCAUUGUACUUUCGAGACACGCGAGUGCAUGAAAACUCCUGCGAUUUCCCUGGGUAAAGAAACCAUGCCCCCCAGGUCUCUCCCCAACCUCUCCUUUCCCGCGGAGGAGAAUGAGAGCGAGCUGGUACCCGGGGUGUGGGAAAAGGAUUUCCUGCCUGACUCAGAUGGGACCACCGCGGAGUUGGUGAUCCGCUGUGUGAUACCAUCCCUCUACCUAAUCAUCAUCUCGGUGGGCUUGCUGGGCAACAUCAUGCUGGUGAAGAUAUUCCUCACCAACAGCGCCAUGCGGAGUGUCCCCAACAUCUUCAUCUCUAACCUGGCAGCUGGGGACCUGCUGCUGCUGCUGACCUGCGUUCCAGUGGACGCCUCCCGUUACUUCUUUGAUGAAUGGGUGUUCGGCAAACUGGGCUGCAAACUCAUUCCGGCCAUCCAGCUCACCUCGGUGGGGGUUUCCGUGUUCACUCUCACUGCCCUCAGCGCUGACAGGUACAGAGCGAUCGUGAACCCCAUGGACAUGCAGACCUCUGGAGUGGUACUUUGGACCAGUUUGAAGGCAGUGGGCAUCUGGAUGGUCUCUGUGCUGUUGGCCGUCCCUGAGGCUGUGUUUUCGGAAGUAGCACGCAUUGGUAGCUUGGAUAACAGCAGUUUCACAGCAUGCAUACCCUACCCACAAACAGAUGAGUUACAUCCAAAGAUUCAUUCAGUGCUCAUUUUUCUUGUCUAUUUCCUCAUACCCCUUGUUAUCAUAAGCAUUUAUUAUUAUCAUAUUGCAAAGACUUUAAUUAAAAGUGCACACAAUCUUCCUGGAGAGUACAAUGAACAUACUAAAAAGCAGAUGGAGACACGGAAACGCCUGGCUAAGAUUGUUCUGGUCUUCGUGGGCUGCUUUGUCUUCUGCUGGUUUCCCAACCACGUCCUCUACUUGUAUAGGUCUUUCAACUACAAGGAGAUAGAUCCUUCUCUCGGGCACAUGAUCGUCACCUUAGUGGCCCGGGUUCUUAGUUUCAGCAAUUCCUGUGUCAAUCCCUUUGCUCUUUACCUGCUCAGCGAAAGCUUUAGGAAGCACUUCAACAGCCAGCUCUGUUGUGGGCAGAAGUCCUAUCCUGAGAGGUCCACCAGCUACCUCCUCAGCUCUUCAGCAGUAAGAAUGACUUCUUUGAAAAGCAACACAAAGAAUGUGGUGACCAAUUCUGUCUUGCUCAAUGGACAUAACACAAAGCAAGAAAUAGCACUGUGAAAGGAGACUAUCUAAUUCACUCUUGGAAAAUACCAUUUUCAAAGUUUUUCCAUUAUUAUUGAGCAAAGCAGAACUAAAUAAUGUCCACAUUUAUACUGCUCCCUAGCUAAUUCAUCAGGAGAGCUCAUGAUUGACCCAAGCGCAAAGCAAAUACUUUUGUCUGAAUAGAAAGAAUUUUACAUUACAGCAUACACGUCUAUACUGCACACAUAUAACUCAUAUAUAUCUCCUGCUAAGAUUGGUUUACAAAUUCCCUUGAGAUUUAAGGUGUUUCAACAAGCAAAUGUGGCAUAUUUACUUUAAAUUCAUUUUAUCUUAAAUCAUAGAGAACAUUUCCAUAAUGACUCUGUAAUUUAAUGAGAGGUAAUAAUUAAACUCCCAUUAUUUGAAAUAUAAAUUACAUCAUUCUUCUGAGAAAAUUUUAUCCAUAAUUAGAAUAUAUGUAUAUAUAGUAACAUAUACAUAUAUCUUAAUUUGAAAAAAAAAUUUCAAAGUGGAACUUAAUAAUUGUUCAUCAAUAUUUAUUGUUCUUUCUAUAAUUAUAAUUUAUAGAAAGGUUUGUAAGUUCUAGAUAUUGUAUUGGAAAGUAUGAUGGCAUUUUAUUAUGAAUUAUAAAUUGAUAUAUGAGUGUGAGUCACCUUGUAUGUGUAAAACAAAUACAAUAUGCUCCAAAUUUCAAUACUGUUACUUAUAUGUUUGCAUGACAAUUUUUGUGAAGCCUGAAAUUGGUUACAAAAUGACUGGUUCUGCACAGAUAAUAAGAUGUGUAUUAUUCUGAUGAGCAUUAGUGCUUGUAUCUGCCAACUUACAAGUGUAUGGGAUCUCAGGCAUUUUUUUUUCUCUGCAUGAUGUCACAGUUUUCUCCAAAUAAACACCUUUCCAUUUGUAAGCAAAACAUAA